AUGCGUUUAUGUCCCUUUACCGCUCUACAUACCGCAUCCGAAUUAGGAUCUCAUGAUACUCUGCAUGAUGCUGACUGUUCUUCAGCUCGUAUUGCCUCUAUUAUUGAGGCACAAUACCACGUACGAGUCGGCGAGCGUACAAUCAAGACCAGGUUAAGUGGUUGGGGUGUUAGCAAGCGCGAUCGUACGGCUACCACUGAUUCUUCUCUACACAGCCGGAUCAAGGAGUUGUUCUUUGAGAGGUGCCUCUCUGAUGCAGAGAUUCUACGUACUAUACGGGCUGAAGGAUUUACUGUCUCUUCACGAACACUUCGACGAAUCCGUACGGAGCAAGGCCUCGUCCGACGAACAGAUGAUUCUAGUGAGCGUCAACUCCAUGAUGAUAUAGCUACGAAGCACCUGCUUGAAGCAUAUAAUGAAGGGACUAUCCAAGGCUACGGACGAGAGCUUUUAUUUGCUCAUAUGCGUGGUGAAUAUCUUAUUAUUCCAAGAUAUCGGCUACAUGAAAUCUACCGUACGAUUGCACCUGAGGCUAUACAACAACGGAAGAAUGACAUGCAGUGA